CUGUUAUAUGUGAUGUUAUGGCGGGGUCCGGUGUGUAGGUCAUCAGGAUCCUUGUGCUAGACGGGACAGGCUCCGGGCGAUAAGGGUUAAUGUACUAAGGAAAGGUCAGGGGUCAUGGAACGAGUAAGACGAGAGCAAUCGAGUGACCAUCUGUAUUACCAGCUCUUAGAGGAAAAUGUAUCCGUGUCCAUUGGACCUAUAGGAGCCAAGUGAUGGUUCUACCGAGCACCACAGGGUGACGCUAUGGCUGCAAUGCGGAAUAUCACUAGAGGACUUGGCCUCUACAAGAACUAUGGGUGGACUAAGACACAUUGUCCCUCCGUCUGUCCGGCCUUUCACCAUCCGGUGUUACACAGCAGUAGUUACAGAAGGCCCGGUCUUCCUCCAGAUGAUACACCUUUUUGGAAGAAAACCGAUUUUAGUAUCAGAAAUGGUAUUACGAGUCUGAAGAAACACUUAGGUCUUCUGAUGAAAGAAGGAGCGGCCCACCUUAGAGGGCCGGGAGGUAAAUCACUUCGGGAGGACCUCCUGGAACAGACCAGUGUGGUGUGGGAGUUCAGGUGUCCUGAGGAUCUGCAGAAAUGGGUGGUGUCGUCCGAUAUGGAAAUAGGGGGUAAGAGCCAGGCCUUCCUGAGACUGGGCAACAACAACCUGACGGCUCAGUUCUACGGAGUGCUCAAUAAUGAAGUGCCCCGGGAUGGAGAAACCAAAUUCAGCGGAUAUUGCACCCUGAGAACUAAGGCUCCAAAGGGAGCGUUCAAUCGUAAGUUGUCUUAUGACUGGUCCAACUUUAAUACUCUGCACUUGAGGGUUCGGGGAGAUGGGCGGCCGUGGAUGGUGAACAUCCAGUCUGAAACGUAUUUUUCGAUCCAGUGGGACGAUUUAUACAAUUACUUUAUAUACACCCGCGGUGGACCGUACUGGCAGGAUAUAAAGAUUCCUUUGUCAAAGUUCUUCAUGACAAGUCGAGGAAGAAUUCAAGACGGACAGUACGUUCUGUGGCCAGAUAAGAUUACCACCCUUGGAUUUACGCUCGCAGACAGAGCCGAUGGACCAUUUCAACUGGAGAUCGAUUUUAUCGGGUUAUGUAAAGAUCCAGCACAUACGGAGGAAUUUGCUUACGAAUUAUACAAAACCACACCUUUAUAAGGGAUUUGUUUUUGUGCUGUAAGUUACAGGCAGUAAAUUAUUCUU